AUUCCUGACAUCACAUUUCAUCUCCACUUCCUAUUUCCCAGGGGCUGAGGACGGGGAGACGUGGCAGAGGAAUCAGUCCUCUCUGGCAGACUUCGUCCUGGAAGGGCUCUUUGAUGACUCUCUCGCCCACCUUUUCCUUUUCUCCUUGACCAUGGUGGUCUUCCUUAUUGCUGUGAGUGGCAACAGCCUCACCCUUCUCCUCAUCUGUGCUGACCCCCGGCUUCACACACCCAUGUCCCUCCUCCUCAGCCAGCUCUCCCUCAUGGAGCUGAUGCACGUCUCCACCACCAUCCCCAAGAUGGCAACCAACUACCUCUGUGGCCAGAAGUCCAUCUCCUUUGUGGGCUCACUUCCUCUAUCCUUUGUGGGCUGUGCAACCCAGCACUUCCUCUAUCUGACUCUGGGAGGUGCAGAGUGUCUUCUCCUAGCUGUCAUGUGCUAUGACCGCUGCGUUGCCCUCUGUCGUCCACUGUACACUCUUCUCAUGGCGACACUAAUGAUGGCUGCCGUGUCUUGGUUGGGAGCGUCCCUGAAUUCCCUAAUUUACACGGCAGUCCUGAUGCACCUCCCUUUCUGUGGGCCUCGGCAAAUCCACCACUUCUACUGUGAGUUUCCAGCUGUUGUGAAGUUGGUAUGUGGAGACAUCACUGUGUAUGAGGCCACAGUGUACAUCAGCACCCUCCUCCUCCUCCUCCUCCCCAUCGUCUUGAUUUCUACAUCCUAUGUCUUCAUCCUCCACAGUGUCAUUCAGAUGCGUGGGAGUAAGAGAAAGGCCUUUGCCACUUGCAGCUCUCACCUCACUGUGGUUUCCCUCUGGUUUGGUGCUUCCAUCUUCUCAUACGUGAGGCCCAGGUCCCAGCACACUCCACUGCAAGACAAAGUUGGUUCUGUGCUCUACAGCAUCAUCACUCCCACAUGGAAUCCACUGAUUUAUACUCUCCGGAAUAAGGAUGUAGCUAAGGCUCUGAGGCGGGUGCUGGGGAGAGACUUUAUCAUUAAAAGAUCGCAAGUGCAGUUCUCCUGAGCACAUUAGUGGGAUUCUCAUCAGCUCCGUCAAUUGUUCUCUGUAAACUGCAAUGAUUUUUUCAAGGGUCCGGAGCCUUGAUGACUACUGCAAAAUUGCAGUGGUUAACAAACAUUUCCAGUACUCUCACUUGCUCUCAGGCAUCGAAGCCCCAUACAGUAGCGUCUUAGUCCAUUUGGGCUGCUGUAACAACACGACCAAGACUUGGUGACUUAGACAACAGACAUUAUUUCUCACAGUUUCGGAGGCUGAGUCGUACAAAGAUCAAGUCUUCACAGUGCUAGACACUCUUUCAUUUCCUUUUGAUCUCUUUUCAAGUGGAAUCUUGCCCAAACAUGCCUCCCUGAUGAGCCUAUUUAAAGCAGCCUCUUCACUCUUUGUCUCCUGAUCCUACCUAAUGAUCAUACUUCCCUGAUAUUGUAUAACAUUCUAUUCUUACUAUGUGCUUCCUAGAGUGAAAUUUUCAAGAGGGUAAGGAGUUUUACUUUGUUUUCUGUUGUCUCACCAAUGCCAAGAAAAGACAUUUUUUGGCAUGAAAUAAGUACUCAAUAACUACUUGUUUAUGGAUUAAUAAAUGAAAGGGACCUAGAUUGUCUUACUAGCUCAUGUGACAUGAAAGAUAGCCACAUAUUAAUCCCAUGUAGAUGCAGAGACUUGACAUCUCAGUGAACUUUCCUGGAGUCUAGUGGGCUGAGGGAUGCCAAAGCCACAGCCAAAUAUCUAGAUCUUGCUUUUCCUACUAGUUAUUCAGUCCUGGGACCAUCUUCAGAAGAAAAAUACUUAAUGCUUGAGAGCAAAGUUAUGCUUUCUUUGAUGCGUAAGUAUUUUCUCUUUGAGAAACAGCUUUUCACCAUUCUAUAAUAAGAUGAGCUGCCCAUCAUGAGUAGGGUUAUGUUAUACACAAAGCCCUAAGGUUGGAUUUGUGUUGUAACACUCCAAUAUCAAGUAGAAUUUUCAGAGAAAUGAUGCCUGGGUUAUUCCUGAAGGCACAAGGGUCUGAUAUAAGCAGCUAGCUCACAAUCCUAGUUACAGAGAGUGGCUGUUCUUCUGCUACGCCCACCCCCACUCUCUACACACAUACACGAACAACUACGACCUUGUCCAGAAUGCUAUAGGCUUAUCUGGGAAUGAAACAAUCUGAGCUAAGUUGCUGAAUGGUUAUUCAUGUAACACUAACAUCUGCCAAAAGUAAAUAGUAUAGCGCGUUAUGACCCCACCUUGAGGAGAGUUACUGUUGUUCACUGUUGUUCAGUUGCUUAGUCGUGUCCAGCUCUUUGCGACCCCGCAGACUGCAGCACGCCAGGCUUCCCUGUCCUUCACUAUCUCCUGGGGUUUGCUCAGACUCAUGUCCAUUGAGUUGAUGAUGCCACCUAACUCUAUAAUUGUAAUUAUUCUUGAUAUAUUCUAGAUAUUAACCCUUUGUCUUAUAAAGGGCUUACAAAUAUCUCUGUCAUUCCAUUGGUUGCCUUUUACUCUGUUGA